AUGGAUCCUACCACUUCAGCUCACAUCGACCCCUUCGGCGGAUCAAACAAUGAUCUCACGACCAAAAAACCUGUCGUAAGCGAAACUUCUGGUCUCACGACUGCUACCGUUCCUUCGUAUUCUACUGGACCUCCUGAGCUUGGGUCAGCUCAUCCUCUCGGAGAUGCUCAUCUCUCUUCCAACAACCCAUUCGCCCCUGCGUCUCCCACUCGUUCCACUCAACCCCCUCAAUUCAACACUCAACCUCCUCAGUUUAACGCUCAACCUCCUCAAUUCAACACUCAAUCUACUCAAUCUACCACCCAGAACUAUCCUGAAGUCCAAGCUUACUCUCCCGUGAAGGAGCAAUCUGAGUUUACUUCUCGUCAGACUAACGGUCAAACCGCUACCGAGAACCUUCAAUCAGGUGCUUCUCAAGCCCAAUACAAAGCUAGUGAAACAGCCACUCAAGCUCAAAACAAGGCUAGUUCAGCUGCCACUCAAGUCCAGAACAAGACUAAGGAAACAGCCAAUAUUGCUCAAGCUAAAGCAAACGAAGCUGCUACCGGCAUCAGACAAAGAGUAAGGAAGCUCUCAGUUGAUCUUAACAAUGCCGCCGACCAUCCUGCUGUCAAGAACGCUAAAGGUGCCGCCAACAACCAAAUUGCUCAACUCAGAGAACAGUUAGGUAGAAGUCAAACUGUCUUAGACCUCGAGAAGAGAACCGGUGUGGAUAGAGUACCUUUAGUAGUCGGAGGUGUCUUAGCUUACAUCAUCUUGAUCCCUCUUAACCUCUUCCGACUCGCUCUCCCUAUCACAGACCUUCUGACCAUUCUUCCAGCAACCUACCUCGCUGCUAUCGCUCUCGAUAAACCCGAGACAACCGCCAAUGAUCAAAAAGUCAAGUCACUCCUUUCUUUCUUUGUUGUCCUCGGUGCCAUUCAAACUCUUGAGAGUUUGAUGGCUGGUUUCUUAGAAAGGCGAAUUCCUCAAUAUUACACUGUUAAAUUGUUAUUCCUCGCUUACUUGCUUCACCCCCGAACUCAGGGUGCUCUCCAAGUUCACGAGAAAGUGUUCCGACCCGUACUUGCUUCAGCUCAAAGAUCAGCCAAGCAAGCUCCCCCUUCUCGACAAACCGCUCAAGUGAACACUCCCCCCACCUCCAAACCAUCUCUCUCGACAGUCUCUAGUCCCACUCAAGCUCAAACUUCCGGUUUCACCAACAUGGCUGCUAACAUUCCUUUGCCAUCCAAUGAGACUGACAACAUUGCAAGGGAAGAUGCCAGAGGCCAAGGUUAUACCGUUGUCUCGGAAACCACUUUUGUCAGAGAAAUCUAA